AGUUCCGCAGCCGGAGCGUGAACAUCGCUAAAGUUAUAUAUACAUAUACGCAUACAAUCGAUCGAGCAGUCGAUCCAAAAGCUCUACUAUCACAUCACCCCUGCCACCUAUCCCCCGCACCAGUGGGGUCGACAUGAAAAAAACGUUGCCGCAUAAAAAAGUGUGAUGAAAUUCGGCUGCUGGUCCAAAACACAAUCUUCCAGUGGUCUAUUUUGAAAAAGAAUCAUCAUCCAGCAGCUCCAAAAAUGUGGACACGGACGUUACGUUUCAUUUUCUAAUUCUAAGAUAGUCAUUCGAUUUGUGAUGGGCGUGGAAUGUGUGGAAAAAUUAUGCCCACUCCCCAAAAAGUGAAAUCGUUCAUAUGUACAUAGAUAUUUCCAAUAGAAGUGUUUUACCCAUGUUAAUGUCACAUUAAUUAAUUAAAUAAAAAGCGCGUGUCUGUGUUGGUUUCGGGAUGUUAAUUGAAGAGAAUAAAAAUCUAUACACACUUACACACAAAUGUAUCUAAAUAAAUAGACAAACUGACACAGCAAAUUUAUAAAACAAAACUGAAAUCUCAAUCUCAUGUAAUGUGGCGUUUACAAAACGCAAAAACGAAAAAAAGCCGUUGUGUAGCUUAUCAAUUUCUAGCUUAAUUAUUAUACAACAAAACAAACAAACAACAAUAACAACAAUAAAAUUAUAAUAAAACAAAAUGCAGUCCAUGAAAGCCGAUGAACUGCCGGAGAAUCCGCGCGAGCACUCCAAUCCGUUGUCAUCGUUAAUGUUCUGUUUCGCAAUGCCGGUUCUUUUUAAGGGCCGUAAAAAGACUCUGGAACAAACGGAUCUCUAUAAAGCUUUGCGUGAGCACAAGUCAGAUACUCUUGGAGAUCGCCUAUGUGCGGCUUGGGAGGAAGAGGUUGCUUCUACUGCGCGGCGGAAUCAAAAACCCCGAUUGAGAAGUGUAAUGACAAAGGUCUUUGGUUGGCAUCUAAUCGUCACUGGUAUUCUACUAGCAGCUCAGGAGUUUCUCACAAAAGUCACCCAACCGAUUUGUUUAUUUGGCAUUAUGUCUUAUUUUGCUGGCACAGAUCCAGAUAUUACCAAGGCUCAACUUUAUGCAGCUGGCCUAAUAGCUGGCUCUGUUUUCACCGUAGUUUUCGGUCAUCCCUAUAUGCUGGGUCUACUUCAUCUUGGAAUGAAAAUGCGAAUUGCCUUGAGCAGUUUGAUCUACCGUAAGGCCUUACGCCUCAACCGAUCCGCCCUGGGAGAGACGACAGUGGGGCAGGUGGUGAAUCUGCUAUCAAAUGAUGUAGGACGUUUCGAUACGGUUUUGAUCAAUAUCCAUUACCUCUGGUUAGCUCCAUUGGAACUCGUAUUGGUAACAUAUUUAAUGUACAUCGAAAUUGGCGUUUCAUCGCUCUUCGGCGUGGCAGUGAUGCUGCUGUUUUUACCCUUUCAAUCAUAUCUCGGAAAGAAAACAAGCGUGUUAAGACUGCGCACUGCUUUGCGAACGGACGAACGUGUUCGCAUGAUGAACGAGAUUAUUUCAGGCAUUCAGGUAAUAAAAAUGUAUGCCUGGGAGAAGCCAUUUGGCAAGCUAAUAGAAAUGACUCGCAUUAAGGAAAUGUCGUGUAUUAAACAAGUCAACUAUAUCAGAGGAAUUCUUAUAUCAUUUGCCAUGUUCCUGUCACGCAUUUUUAUAUCGACCAGUCUGAUAGCAUAUGUUCUGCUGGGCAACAUCCUGAACGCCGAGAAGGCGUUCUUCGUAACCGCCUACUACAAUAUUUUGAGGCGAUCGGUUACCAUGUUCUUUCCCCAGGGUAUUUCACAGUUUGCAGAGCUUUUGGUGUCGAUAAAGCGUCUGGAGACGUUUAUGCAUCGUGAAGAGACUCAAGUGUUAGACAAGUCAAAGAAGAAAGAAAUUUUAUUUACCGAUGAAAAGGAGCGAGGCUACCUCAUAGCCAAUAACAAUAGAAAAGAGGCUCAUCAAGAUAAUGGCAUUUCUGAGACGCUGAUCGAUUUUAAUAACUUCAAUGCCAAAUGGGAGACCAAAGCUGCCGAGAAUACUUUGCAGGAUAUCAAUCUUCAAUUGGGCCGCCGACAGUUAGUUGCCGUCAUUGGCCCCGUGGGUGCCGGAAAAUCUAGUCUCAUUCAAGCUCUUCUUGGCGAGUUGUCUCCGAGUAGCGGCAGUGUUAAAGUUAAUGGAACCUACUCCUACGCAUCGCAGGAACCAUGGCUUUUCACCGGCUCUGUGCGUCAGAAUAUUCUCUUUGGCCUCGACAUGGAUAAGCAUCGCUAUCGCACAGUGGUGAAGAAAUGUGCUUUGGAAAGGGACUUUGAACUGCUGCCCCAUGGCGACAAGACCAUUGUAGGCGAGCGGGGAGCCUCCCUCUCUGGCGGUCAGAAGGCUCGUAUCAGUUUGGCACGUGCUGUCUAUCGCAGAGCGAACAUUUAUCUAUUGGAUGAUCCGCUCAGUGCCGUCGACACGCACGUUGGUCGCCAUCUCUUCGAUCAAUGCAUGCGAGGUUAUUUGAGAAGUGAACUAGUUGUCCUUGUCACACAUCAGCUGCAGUUCUUGGAGCAUGCCGAUCUAAUUGUCAUCAUGGACAAGGGAAAAAUAAGUGCCAUGGGCACGUAUGCGACAAUGAAACGCAGUGGAUUGGACUUUGCCCAACUGCUAACAGACAAGAACGAGGAGACUUUGGAUGGCGACGACGAAGCCGGCGGUGAUAUAUGGGAUCGCUUAAGCCAGUCAUCGCGUAGCAGACGCGGCAGUAAAGUGAGCCACCCGAGCACCCGCAACAAUAGUUUUACUUCGUUAAGCUCCUUAGCAGAGUCGUAUGUCCAGGAUGCUCCAAUGCCAAUGCAGGAGGCCCGCGUCGAAGGCAAGAUAGGUGUGGGUCUGUAUAAGGAAUAUCUAACGGCAGGAAGUGGCUGGCUUAUGGUAGUAUUUAUGGUCUUCCUUUGCUUGGGAACUCAAAUCGUAGGCUCUACAGCUGAUGUAUUUCUCGCUUAUUGGGUUAACAAAAACCAGAAUGCUGCCGAUGCUGAUGCUGAUCAGAUAGACAUUUAUAUCUUUGCUGCUCUUAACGUGGCCGUUGUAGUCUUUACCUUAGUCCGCACCAUGCUUUUUUAUAAGAUGGCAAUGCGCAGCUCAACCCAGUUGCACAAUGCCAUGUUUCGAGGCAUCACGAGGGCUGCCAUGUAUUUUUUUAAUACAAAUCCUUCGGGUCGCAUAUUGAAUCGUUUCUCCAAGGACUUGGGGCAGAUAGAUGAAAUUCUUCCUAGUGUUAUGCUGGAUGUUGUGCAAAUAUUUCUUACCUUGGCCGGCAUUAUUAUUGUGAUAUGUAUUACCAAUCCCUAUUAUCUCAUACUAACGUUGGCCCUAGGCAUAGUUUUCUACUACAUCAGGGAAUUCUAUUUGAGUACAUCGCGGGACGUUAAGCGACUUGAAGCCGUAGCCAGAUCUCCCAUAUAUUCCCAUUUAGGGGCGACUCUUACGGGCCUGCCCACGAUUAGGGCUCUAGGAGCUCAAAAUGCUUUAAUUGCUGAAUUUGAUAAUCUCCAGGAUCUGCAUAGUUCGGGAUAUUACACCUUUUUGUCCACCAAUCGUGCUUUCGGCUAUUAUUUGGACUGUUUCUGCACCUUGUACAUUGUGGUUAUAAUCGUUAAUUACUUUAUCAAUCCGCCGAGCAACUCGGGUGAAGUUGGUCUGGCAAUAACCCAGGCUAUGGGUAUGACUGGCAUGGUUCAAUGGGGAAUGCGCCAGUCGGCCGAACUAGAGAACACUAUGACGGCUGUGGAGCGCGUGGUGGAGUACGAUGAGAUUGAACCGGAAGGCGAAUAUGAGUCCCAGCCGAACAAGAAGCCACCUACCACUUGGCCCGAAGAGGGACAAAUCAUAGCAGAUGACUUGAGCCUGCGAUACUUCCCCGAUCCUCAGUCGAAAUAUGUUCUAAAGUCGCUUAAUUUUGAGAUUAAGCCCAAGGAGAAAGUGGGUAUUGUUGGACGAACUGGAGCUGGCAAAUCGUCGCUUAUUAAUGCCCUUUUCCGGCUUUCAUAUAACGACGGAACAAUAACUAUCGAUAGCCGGAAUACCAGUGAAAUCGGUUUGCGGCAUCUUCGCAGCAAGAUUUCCAUUAUACCACAAGAACCAGUCCUUUUCUCCGGCACCAUGCGCUACAAUUUGGAUCCGUUUGAAGAGUACAGUGAUGCCAAGCUCUGGGAUACACUGGAAGAGGUUAAACUGAAGCCCAUCAUUAGUGAUCUGCCCAGUGGAUUGCAGAGCAAAAUCUCUGAAGGUGGAACCAAUUUCAGUGUCGGUCAGCGUCAACUGGUCUGUUUGGCCAGGGCUAUUUUACGCGAAAAUCGAAUAUUGGUAAUGGACGAGGCAACGGCCAAUGUUGACCCGCAAACUGAUUCCCUCAUACAGGCUACCAUUCGUAGUAAGUUCAGGGAGUGCACAGUCCUGACCAUUGCGCACCGACUGCACACAAUUAUGGACUCGGACAAGGUGCUGGUAAUGGAUGCCGGCCAACUGGUCGAGUUUGGUUCACCCUAUGAACUUUUGACGGAAUGUGAAACAAAAAUCUUCCACGGAAUGGUAUCCGAAACAGGCCAAUCUACAUUUGAUAGUCUUUUAAAGGUCGCAGAGAAGGUCUACAAGGAAGCAGAAAAGAGUAAAACUGCCUAGGAGAUUCCGCUGUUUGCCCUAAAUAGUUAAUAAGUUAUCUCAGAUUAAUUUUGUUUUGCUACUUAAGAGUAUUAUGUAUACCCCAAAAAAAUAAAAACAAAAAUCUU